AAAAGAAUUGCAGUUUAAAAUCAAUACACAUUCUAUUUAAUUAAUACUUAUUGCAUCACAUAAAAGCGUAAUAAAUAAGUAACUUGGUUUGCAAAGUCAUCAGAAGAUAUUAUUUCACUCGUUUCCUGCAAAGUUUUGUUAGAAAAUCUCGUGUUUGCUACAGUAAUGUAGUGUCAACAGCUUGCAACGCUUGACUGCAUCAGUUUGCCGGAAAUGUUAGUUUCGGCCGCAGAAUUGAGUUGAAAUGCGUUGAAAUGGACCUGUCCCCUGACGAGGAUCAGUUUCAAGGCCGCCUACUACACCAGGCAGCUCUUUGGGACAAUGAGGAGCUCCUGUUAUCCCUGGUGGCGGGCGGCGCGGACCCGGACGCGCGCGACUCGCGCGCGCGCUGCGCGCUCCACGCGGCCGCGCUCGCGGAGCGCUCGCGCUGUCUGCGCGCGUUGCUCGCCGCCGGGGCCACUGUCGACGCGAGAGAGGACACGGCGACAGGGGGCAAGACGGCGCUCCACAUAGCGGCUGAACGUGGUCACGUAGAGAACGUCACGGCUCUGCUAGCGGCCGGGGCUUCGCUGGCGGCCCGCGACGCGGCCGGCGCUACGCCCCUGCAGCUGGCGGAGCGCGCGGGCCAUCGCCAGGCGGUCAGGGAGCUGAGAAAUGCGAGCGAUGCCCUGGAGCGAGAGAGACUGUCGCAGCACGCGGCUCUCCGUGAGCUGGUGCUGCGCGGCGACGCGGCGGGGCUUAAAACCAAGCUUACCGCCCUCGGGAGUAAUGCGCCGCUCUGCGUCAACCUGACGCCGCAGGGCGCCAACACGCUGCUAUAUGUGGCGGUGGAAGCAGGCCACACGGCCGUAGCCAAGGCGUUACUAGACGCGGGCGCCGACGGCCGAGCCCACCCCGUCACCAAGUACAGUCCCCUCUACAUAGCCUGCUACCACGGACACAGGGAUCUGGUGGCUCUGUUGCUGCGACACUUCCCUCAGGCUGUGCAGCAAGAAACGGUGGAGAAAUGGCUGCCCAUACACGCGGCUUGCAUGUGCGGGCACGCCGCCCUCGUGUCGCUGCUGCUGGAGCACCGCUACCCGCGCCCGCUGCUCGCCACAUACACCGAUGUCACCGGCAAAUGGCAGUACGAGGCAGCUUUCGACGUGAACGCAGUAGACGCUCGCGGACAGAGCGCUCUAUACGUGGCGAGCACGCUUGGCUGCAGCGCCGUUGUGGACGCGCUGCUAUCUUAUUCCAUACCAUGUCGCCCUGUGAAGGAACAGCCCGAGCCCGCGGCGGCGCCCCCCGCGGCGCUGAGCCCGCAGCGCGGGGUCUCUCUCGGCAUACAGGCCAUCGUCAGCAGGCUCACUGGCUCUGGUACUCAUGAUGGCGUAGAAGAGAAGCGAGUGCACCCAGUGCGAGUGGACAUAGGGCGGGGCGUGGACUCGUGCGUGGCGUGCGCGGCGCGCGGCGGGCACGCGCGCACCGUGCGCCGCCUGCUGCACGCCGGCGCGGCCGCCGCCGCCUCCGCCGCGCCGCCCGAGAACGAGAGUACGGGCACGCGUGACUCCCGCCGGCGCUCGCGCAGCGCGUCCGCCGUCGGCUCCGUGUCGCCGUCUCCCUCGCUCAACCGAGCCAGCGCCGACCGCGACGUACCAUGGACAGCGCUAGCAGUAGCCGUAAGGAACAAACACGUACAAGUAGCAGACAUGCUCCUCCGAGCGGGCGCUGAUGACCCACACGGGCUGGCGCUGCGGGAGUGCCACAAGCAUCGUCUAGUGGCGCUGCUUGCCGCAAUUUUAGCCUCUAGGGCGUACCCCGACCCAGAGUACAAGAUGAACAAAGCGGCGGUGUCGGCGCUCGUGCUGGGCGCGGCGGCGCGCGACUCGUCGCUGACGCACAACGCGCUGGUGCCGCGGACGCCCGUCAUGGUGCACUGGAGGGCGCUGCGCACCAUGCAGGACACUAUUAAAAUGUCUUGGCUGAGCGCGGCAGCGUUGCGAGUUAACCCGCACGUGUCGAGUGACGCGCUAGCCUUGCACGCCAUCACGCGGUUAGAACUAGCGCAGAACGAGCUACGAUCUCUGCCUGCUGCUCUAUUCUCUCUGCUCAGCCUUAGGUACCUUAACGUGGCAGCCAACAAGCUGGAGAGGCUACCGCGCGGCAACGACCCUAUAGAGGAAGAGGACCCUCGACGCCGAACGGCACCUACCUUUACAGCGCCCGUGUACAGCGCGCCUGUCUUGCAGGAGCUUUAUUUGCAAGAUAACCGCCUAGAAGAUCUGCCACCAGAGUUGUUCUCCCUACCAGCCUUAACGACUCUGGACGUUAGCAACAACAAACUUCGAACGCUACCGUCCCGAGUGUGGGACGCGCCCGCGUUGCGGGACCUCAACGCCGCGCUCAACCAUCUUAGAGAUCUUCCUGCUAGAGACACAGUAAGUGCUAAGAGCGACGCAGCGCCGUCUCCGUCCGAGUCAUCCCCAGCGCUGACCGCAUCGCCUUCACUCUCACGCUCGUCAUUCAACUUCUCGCAGUCGUCCGCGUCGAGUCGGCAGUCUGUGUCGAGCCGUGCGUCGGUCGACAGUGCCGAUGAUGACACGACGCCUGUGCUUGGGGACCGCAGCGGACACGCCGUAUGUUCGGAGGCGGUGCGCGCGCACCCUUGGCGCGCCGAGCCGCGGCCGGAGCCCGGCGCCGGGGACUGCGCGCUCGCCUCGCUCAACCUCGCACACAACCAGUUUACCUGCGUCCCCGCCGGGCUCGCCUGCCUCGUGCCGAGACUGACCUCGCUCAACAUGGCCUACAACUCGCUCCGGUCUAUGUCAUAUGUGACGUCGUACCCCACCAAUCUACGGCAGCUGGAUCUCAGCCACAACGAGAUCACGUGCUGGCCGAGUCUGCCUCAGGUGGAAAACUUCGGAUCAUCAGUCGGCGACCCGCUAGCAUGUUACUGUCGCGGCGGCGCGACGCGUGCUCGGCCGUGCUCGCGGCCGCGCUCCGGCGGCGUGCGCGCGCAGCUCCUACAUUGUGCUUGCGCGGCGAGGAGCCAUUUGAGACUAGACUCGCUCCGGACUUUGAUCCUGGCGAACAACAUGCUCGAGCGGAUACAACUGACGACAGACGACGAUGGCAACGUGCCAGAAAGGGAGGGGGAGAUCGACGAGGACGACGAGUGGAACUCGAUGGCGGGUCUCCGGUCGCGGCUAGUGUUCCCCCUCCUCUCCAUGUUGGACGUGUCGUGUAAUAUGCUGCGCUCGGUGCCGCCCCUCAUACACGCCCUCACCAACCUGUCCGUGCUCAACAUAAGCGGGAACAAAGAAAUAACCGACCUACCACCACAAAUGGGCCUCCUCUCCCGCCUGUGGAACCUGAACACGGCCGGCUGCUCGCUCCACGAGCCUCUAGGGUCCAUGCUAGCCUGCGGCCGCUACAAGAGCAUGGACAUCGUCGGGUACCUCAAGUCCGUGCUGCAGGAGGCGCGGCCGUACACCAACAUGAAGCUGAUGCUGGUGGGGCUGCAGGGUAUCGGCAAAACAAGCUUACUGGAGUGUUUGAGACAAGAAUCUCCAAUACAGUAUCGAAGAAAAGGGACCGAUCACUGGGCGCUGCGCAUGGGCAACAAGGCGUCAGGCCGCAACAUGUCCACCGUCGGCGUCGACAUCGGCACGUGGAGCUACGAGCCCCCACGUGCCUCCCGCGGACCCGUCACGUUCCGCACGUGGGACUUCGGCGGACAGCGCGAGUACUACGCAACGCACCAGUAUUUCCUCUCCCGCCGUUCGCUGUACCUCGUGGUGUGGAAAGUCACCGACGGAAGGAAGGGCCUGGCAGAUGCCAUUGGAUGGCUCAGGUCUAUACAAGCGCGCGCCCCGGGAUCGCCUGUCAUUCUUGUCGCCACGCACUACGAUCAGAUCGCUAACAGUACAUUGUCGGAGAGCGAGAGUCCAGCGGCGCUGCAGCGACUGAUCCGUUCGGCGUUGCUGCAGGCGCCCGAUGCUGAUAAGAAGGGACUCCCUCGAGUUUGCGACUCUGUCGAGGUAUCAUGCAGUACGAAGCACAACAUCCGGCUGCUCGCCGACAUCAUAUAUUCUGUCGCCUACAGCGUGAAACCGCCUGGCAGCAAAGAGCCACUGUUGGAGCAGCGGAUUCCUGCCACGUACCUGGCGUUGGAGGAGUGUGUGACGUCACUGGCGGCCGAGCUGCGCGAACCCGUGCUCAACCACGACGAGUAUAAACGACUGGUGACGCAGUACAUGCAGGCGAAGGGACACCGCACGUUCAGAGAUGCUGCCGAGCUGCAUCAAGCCACCAUGUUCCUGCAUGAGAACGGAGUGUUGGUGCACUACGACGACGCGGCGUUAAAGCAGCUGUACUUCCUUCGGCCGCAGUGGCUCUGCGAUGUUUUAGCCCACGUCGUCACCGUUAGGGAAAUCAAUCCAUUUGCUAAUAACGGCAUAAUGAAGAUCGAGGACCUCGCGCACGUGUUCAAGGCGUCCCCCCUCCUGGCGCGGGGGGACGAGGCCUCCUCGCUGGGGGUCAGCCUGCUCAACAAGUUCGAGCUGGCCCUCUGCUGGGACAGCAGGACGCUGCUGGUGCCGCCGCUCCUGCCCGCCACCGAGCCCGCCACACCGCAGCUGGCCCUGAAGACGCGCGUGUGGGCGGGCGCCGGCACGCCGCGCCGCGCCGCGCCCGCGCUGGCCGCUGCGCCUGCGCGGGCUGACUCACCCUCGUUGAUACAGGAGAGUCCUGGCAGCAUCAGCAUCGAGGGCCGCUCCACAGGGCGCGCGGUGCGGCGCGUACUGCUGCUCUCGUACGUGCCCGCCGGGCUCACGGCGCGGCUGUGUUCGCGCGUGCUGGCCGACCCGGCCGUGGGCGCGGCCGCGACACAGCUCUACAGGCUGCCGCCGGAUAUGGAGGUAGAUGCGACCACCACAAAAGCCUUAGAGCCGAACUGGGCGUGGAAACUUUGGCGAUCGGGCCUUCAGCUCUCUUGGGGAUCUCUUGUCGCUCUGGAGGUGCGAGAGCGAGAGGCAAGACACGACCCGCUGCUAGGAGACCAUCCUGAGAGCGACAGUGGAAGGGACUUGAGGUUUAGAGUGAAACAAGAAGGUGCCUGGUGUUCUCUGGAAGUGGCUCGGUCUCCGAGCAUAGAAAUAACUUUGCCGGCGCGAGUCUGUGUAGCGCGCCGUACUGACGGUCUGCCAUUGGCUGGAUACCAGAGCAUCAGUCUAGAACCUAAUUUGGAGGCGCUGGCGCGGUUGCUAGCCGUACUCUCGGAUCACGUGGAUCUACUGUUAGAAGACUGGUAUCCCUCGCUCGGUACUCGUUUCGUCCACACUUCAGAGGGGCGAUGCCUUAUAACGCGUGUAGUGCCUUGCGCGCAAUGCCUCGCGGCCUAUGAGGACGAAGCUGAGCGUCCCGAACAUUUAGCGCAGGCACUGCAGCGUGCUGGGCUACGAGAAGAGAGGCGGGAGGGUAACGGGGCGGGGGCGGGGAGGGUGUCGCAGGACUCGCGGGCCUCCGACCAGGACAGCGGCGUCGGCGCAGACUCCGCCGCGUCAUCCCGGAUCGGUUCCGUAGAGGGCACGCUCAGCACCCGCGAGGAAACGCCGUCCGAGGUCCACGGCUGGACCGUGGAGCAGUGCCUUCUGGCGGCGUGCACUGCACAUAGCCUCGUGUGCCCCACACACGGGGGCAUACCGCUGCAGCGAGUAGCGCCCGACGCGCUACUCCUCGACGUAGAGGAGGACCAACGAGCGCGUUGGGAGCACAUAGUGCUAGAGUCAGUUGCUGGUCGCGGAGCCUUCGGUACCGUGAUGGCGGCCGUGUGGAGGCCCCCUGGACAACAGGCGAGGAAGGUCGCGGUCAAGGCCCUGCAGCCCGUGCCACCGCCGAGGGCCCAACACCACCAUGCCUACAAGGUCGCGCUAGCAAGAUGGGAGCGAUCGCCGACAGCGGGCGCCUGCCGCGCGUACUGCGGCCUGCGACAGGAACUAGGAGUGUUGAGGGUGUUGCGGCAUCCACACGUGCUGCGUCUGCGGGCCGUCUGCGCCGCGCCGCUCGCGCUGCUACUAGAGAGGGCGCCACAGGGUGCACUAGACAACAUCUUGCGCGCGUACGGCGGCAUGGGCGCUAGAGUGGGCGCGCGCGCCGCUCGAGCGCUCGCGCUGCAGCUAGCGCGCGCUCUGGAAUAUUUACACGCGCAACGCGUGCUGUAUAGAGACCUGAAGUCUGAGAACGUGUUGGUGUGGGAGAUGCCGGAUGUGGCGACAGCCGUGGCUGCUGAACUGAGCCCGGCGCCCAUCCCAGUGCUCGUCAAACUAGGAGAUUACGGUAUAAGCCGGCUCGCACCCCCAUCGGGCACGAAGGGGUUCGGCGGCACCGAGGGCUUCAUGGCGCCCGAGAUCAUGCGCUACAACGGCGAACAAGAAUACAACGAGAAGGUGGAUUGCUUCUCGUUCGGCAUGCUUCUGUACGAGAUCGUGACGCUGCGGCAGCCGUUCGAAGGUCACGAGGCCGUCAAAGAAGCUAUCCUAGAUGGCGCGCGGCCCUCUUUAACGCCAAGGGAUCUACAAUAUCCCUGCAACAUUCUGGAAACUAUGCGCCGCUGUUGGCGCGGCGCUCCGGAGCUGCGACCCUCCGCUGCCGCUCUAGUAUCCGCCGCGGCCGCUCCGGAGUUCACCGCUUUGCUCGACGCAGCCGCCUCUCGCGCCUCGCUAGCCGCCACCGCUGUGGCCCUACGACAUGUCACAGACGAGGGAGCCCCCGGGUGGGAGGUGUGGUGCGGCGGGGAGCCUGAAAGGAUACACACUCUACUGUGCACGGAACAUCACAUCACGCAGCAACACGCUAUCCGAGUACCGCCAGACGGCGAGGUGCCGGUGACGGUGACCGCGCUGUGCCGCGUCGGCGCCAACGUGUGGGCCGGGGACAGCACGGGCCGGGUUUCUGUUUACUCAUCGUCAACGUGCGCUCUUCUGUGGACGGGCAAGGUGCAGGAGUCCGUGGGCGGCGGCCCUAGUCCCGUGACAGCUCUGCAGCCGCUGCCGCAGCUGCGCAGGGUGGCGCUGGCUCUACAGUGCGGCAGGUUAUUCCUCGUCCGCUCGGAGCGGGAGGUAGCGGAGGCGGACGCGGAAGCGGAGGGCGGGUUCGUGCUCACUGAGUUGGGCACCGCUAGUGAGUUGUGCUGUCUGGCCGCCGUACCUUCACCACAAGGGUUAAUUAUUCCUCGCUCGGAGGGGGUAGCGGAAGCGGAGGGCGGGUUCGUGCUCACUGAGUUGGGCACCGCCAGUGAGUUGUGCUGUCUGGCCGCCAUACCUUCACCACAAGGGUUCGAGAUCUGGGCGGGCGGGUCCGGUCUAUAUACAUACGCCGUGUCCGCUACCGGUGUGUGUGGGGCCGAGCCUCUGCCGGCGACCCCGCGUGUCACGUUACUAGCAGCUAGCCCUGAGGAGCCCUACGUUGCCCUCUACUCUGAACCUGGAGUGUGCGUGUACCAGUGGUCGGUCCGCAGUCGCCAACAGACUGCCCGUCUAGACUGCAGCAAACUCGUGCCGUGUAGUGAGAGCUUACAGUCGCUCGCGCUGGACUCGCGGCCUGGCGAGCACCUAGGACGGGUGACGGCGUUGGCGGCGCUGGGCGGGUCGCUGUACGUGGGCACGGCGUGGGGCGUCCUGAUCGUGUGUGCGUGCGCCAGCCUGCGGCCGCUCGCCGUGUUCCGGCCCUACGAGGAGAGCGUGACGUCAAUAGUGCCACUGUACCCGCACCGCGGCUCGCAGGCGGCCAUGCUGGCCACCCUGGGCACAGGGUACCGUCCGCUAUUGCACCGCUAUGCCCCACAACAGGUCACGUCGAUAGUGCCACUGUACCCGCACCGCGGCUCGCAGACCGCCAUGCUGGCCACCCUGGGCACAGGGUACCGUCCGCUAUUGCACCGCUAUGCCCCACAACAGGUCACGUCGAUAGUGCCACUGUACCCGCACCGCGGCUCGCAGGCCGCCAUGCUGGCCACGCUGGGCACAGGGUACCGUCCGUUAUUGCACCGCUAUGCCCCACAACAGGUCACGUCAAUAGUGCCACUGUACCCGCACCGUGUCUCGCAGGCCGCUAUGCUGGCCACGCUGGGCACAGGGUACCGUCCGCUAUUGCACCGCUAUGCCCCACAACAGGUGACGUCAAUAGUGCCACUGUACCCGCACCGCGGCUCGCAGGCUGCCAUGCUGGCCACCCUGGGCACAGGGUACCGUCCGUUAUUGCACCGCUAUGCCCCACAACAGGUCACGUCGAUAGUGCCACUGUACCCGCACCGCGGCUCGCAGGCCGCCAUGCUGGCCACGCUGGGCACAGGGUACCGUCCGUUAUUGCACCGCUAUGCCCCACAACAGGUCACGUCAAUAGUGCCACUGUACUCGCACCGCGGCUCGCAGGCCGCCAUGCUGGCUACACUCGGCACAGGGUACCGUCCGCUAUUGCACCGCUAUGCCCCACAACAGCCUAACACGUCAAGCACGAACACCUCAUACAGCGGUCCUCACUGCCUCCUCUGGCGCGCCGGCCACUGGCUGCCCGACUAAACCCUUCCGCCGGAUAUACACGUCCAACUCACAACAUACGGCGGAUAGAUGUAGUAGGUACGCUGUUACGUUGGUGGGAUAGUGUUUUAUAUUAAACACUUCCUGUACUACUCAGCCAACGACGGAUAUACACGUCCAGCAACGCACACAGGAUAGUCUGGACCAUGUCGAUGGGUUAGUGUUUUAUACAUGAACACGUCUUACACGGAUAUACGCGUCUAGGUUGCACUGCCUACGACGGAUAUACACGUCCAACAACUCGCAUAAUAUUUAUAAUUAAUGAGAGUAAAAGAGAAAGAUGCCCGCAAUUUGCGAACUUCGGUGUUCGCGGUAGGCCCUCUGUGCCUAUUUACCGCUAGGCCGUCGCGGAUAUUACAAAAGCUCAAUAAUUUUGAUGAAGUCAAAUGUCACAUUCUCCCAAUAUUAUUUAUCAAAAUUAGUAUAUCUAUACAUAUUAAUAGUGACAUCUAUUGUUGGAAUUAAAUUUAUUUAACCAUAAUGCACGGCUUAAAUUUUUCAUAGACGGUAAAUAUGGUA